UUGUGUGUGUGUGUGUGUGCCAUGGCCGGAGCCCAGUGAGAGUGGCUGACAAUAGGAGCGAGCGAGCCUGAGCGCGACCCCGACACAGCCGGGACCCCUCGCUUCCCAGCCAGCCACCGGCAGAGGAGGCCAUCCGCGCCAGCCGCAGCGCCCCUCGCCGCGCCCGGCCGCUCGCCCUACCGCGGCUCCUCUCAGCUCGGCCCGCGCUCGGCCGCCCCUCCGCAGGCCCCUCCGCAGGGCUCCGCCGGGAAUGUGAGUGAGGCAGCAGCCAUCGCAGGCAGGGGGCCGCGCCGAGCGCACGGGACUGAGCGGAGCCCGAGCAGCUGCCUGCCUCUGAACCCGCCGCCAACGCCGCCCUGCGCUGAGGAGGCCGCCGCCGCCGAGGCCUACAGGCUCCUGCAGCUGCAGGGACAGAGCCCGGCGCGCACAACGCUCCGGCCGCUGCCGCCAAGCCCGGCUCACUCCGCCUUCUCCUCCUCGGCUCCGAAUUCUCUGCCAGGAGGGUCAAGUAGGGAUAUGUCCUCAGCACCAACCACUCCUCCGUCAGUGGAUAAAGUAGACGGAUUUUCUCGGAAGUCCGUCAGAAAAGCCAGACAGAAGAGGUCACAAAGCUCCUCCCAGUUUAGGUCUCAGGGCAAGCCUAUUGAAUUAACUCCUCUGCCGCUUCUAAAAGACGUUCCAUCUUCAGAGCAGCCUGAACUGUUCCUAAAGAAACUUCAGCAGUGCUGUGUAAUUUUUGACUUCAUGGACACACUAUCAGACCUUAAAAUGAAAGAAUACAAGCGCUCCACUCUUAAUGAACUGGUGGACUACAUUACAAUAAGCAGAGGCUGUUUGACAGAGCAGACUUACCCCGAAGUAGUUAGAAUGGUAUCUUGCAAUAUAUUUAGAACUCUCCCACCCAGUGACAGCAAUGAAUUUGAUCCAGAAGAAGAUGAACCCACCCUUGAGGCAUCAUGGCCACAUUUACAGCUUGUUUAUGAGUUUUUCAUACGAUUUUUGGAAAGCCAAGAAUUCCAACCUAGCAUUGCCAAAAAGUACAUAGAUCAGAAAUUUGUAUUACAGCUUUUGGAGCUGUUUGACAGUGAAGACCCUCGAGAACGAGACUACCUAAAAACAGUCUUACACAGAAUUUAUGGCAAGUUUCUUGGUCUUAGAGCAUUUAUCCGAAAACAGAUUAACAAUAUUUUUCUACGGUUUGUUUAUGAAACUGAACACUUCAAUGGUGUAGCUGAACUGCUGGAAAUAUUAGGAAGUAUUAUCAAUGGUUUUGCUUUACCUCUUAAAGCAGAGCAUAAACAGUUUCUGGUGAAGGUGCUGAUUCCUUUACAUACUGUCAGGAGUUUAUCACUCUUCCAUGCACAGCUGGCAUAUUGUAUAGUACAGUUUCUGGAGAAAGAUCCUUCACUCACAGAGCCAGUCAUUAGAGGUUUAAUGAAAUUCUGGCCAAAAACCUGCAGUCAGAAAGAGGUCAUGUUCCUUGGGGAGCUGGAGGAGAUCUUGGAUGUGAUUGAACCUUCACAAUUUGUCAAAAUUCAGGAACCUUUAUUUAAACAAAUUGCCAAGUGUGUCUCUAGUCCUCACUUUCAGGUGGCAGAAAGGGCGCUGUAUUAUUGGAAUAAUGAAUACAUCAUGAGUUUGAUAGAAGAGAACUCCAACGUUAUACUUCCCAUCAUGUUUUCCAGUCUUUAUAGGAUUUCCAAAGAACACUGGAAUCCGGCUAUUGUGGCUUUAGUCUACAAUGUGUUGAAGGCGUUUAUGGAAAUGAACAGCACCAUGUUUGACGAGCUGACAGCCACUUACAAGUCAGAUCGUCAGCGCUUAUCCAAAGCGGCAGGUGAAAAAAAUGAGGAAACUUCGGGAACUCCGGGCAGUUUGCGACUUCGUUUAAGUCGUGCCUUUUGUGUGACUCGGGGUUCCCACAAGCAAAGCGAAGGGUACUGUAUGUCAUCAAACCUUGUUAGUGAGAAGAAGAAAGAGAAGGAACGUGAAGAACUGUGGAAAAAACUGGAGGAUUUGGAGUUAAAGAGAGGUCUUAGACGUGAUGGAAUAAUUCCAACUUAACAAAAGAAACAAAGCAGCAUUAUUAACCUGUGGAGUCACACAUUUAUGUAGUAGAAGAUGGAGCAACAGUUUUCUGUAUUGUGCAACUUUACAGUAGAUUUCACAUUUGUUUCAUUAUUACAACAGCACUGUAUAUAACUGUCUCUAAGUAAAGGAAAAAAUAAGGACUUUUCUCCAAAGUUUGGACAGCAGAUGGACUUCUCAGAACUUUGCAACAUAAUCAUUGUUUUGACCCUUCUUUAAAACCAGUCUUCAAAGAUCUGUUGAUGAAAAUUGCUAUGUCAAAAUUUCAUUGUCAGGACCUGUUCCUUAUUUAUCAUUAGCAGAGAGUAUGAUACAACUUUCAAAUGUGAACAAUCUUAAAUUUAGCUUGCCUUUCUGCUAAACUGUUAAAUGUAUUUAUAGUAAAAGAGAAAAAAGAUUGUCAUUUCCUUUUGAGUUUGUGUAACAUCCUCCUUCUCUGGAUAACUUUACUGUAAUUUGACAUUUUUUUCCCUUUUGCACAUCUUCAUAAGUUGAAUGUCCAUGCAGAUCAGGGCCAUGAAAAAUAUAGGUCCCUAAGGUUUUGUUUACUGGUGUGAGUAUCUUUCCGGUACCAGGCUAGCACUGGUACUCCUUCAAUUUAAACAUUAGGAGUAAAAAUAAAGAGAUGAUAAAUGUAGUAGGGAAGGAAAUUUCAGAUUAAUGCAUCAAUUUAUUGUGAAUCCACACUGUCUUGAAUCCUUUGAAAAGGGCAAUAGUAACACCAUGAACUUCAGUACCUAACCAGUAUUAGUUACAUGUCAUUGGACACACAUACCAGAGCUGUUUUGGUAAUACUAAUGGCUAAAUGAUUACUAUAUACGUUUUAUUGGACCAUUUUGAAAUUAUAACGACAAACGCUAAACAGUACAAGUAUGAAAUUGAUCUCCAGUGGUCAUGGGUCUAAUUGGGAACAGAGCUGAGCAAACAGUUUGGACUGUUUGGAGUUGUUGCCUUACUUUUUAAUAUGUAUUUAUAAAGUAUUCCAGCAAAAGAGGAUGUAGCCUCUAAAAAACAUACUAUAGUGUUUUUGUGACUGUAGUACUAUUACUCAUCACAGCGCCAGCCCUAUGGUUUUAGCUGGAAAGGAUUCUGGAUAAUAUACUUCUGCAUUCUGAAGUGGAUGCUCAUUCCUAACUACUGUAUUUGUUACCAAAAGUGGUUCUACAAAUGCUACUGAAAAAAAAUUCUGGAAAUCCUAAUGUCCUGAGUAUUAAUAAUAAAGUUUAAAAUGCUUUUAUAUCAAAGGUGCAUUGUGACCAAAUUGUUUAAAAGAAAAACAAGAGGGCUGUAUUAUAAGUAUGCAUUAUUGGCUAUCUGCUUUGUAUUUAAAAGUGGAAUCUUACAUCUUUGAUCGGUAAAAUGCUGAUAAGACUUAUGUACAGUAUAUAUUUAGCUAAUGCAGUUGCAUUAUUUUAUAUGGAAAGGUAUGUGUUUCAGGAUUUUUCUCCAGGAUGCUUUUGAACUGUUAUAGACAUAUGACAACAGUGAGUUGAUAAUCCUAAACCAUCAAUCCAGCAGUAUUUAUGGUAUAAAGCUGACUUGGUGUUCAUGAGUCUUUGUGUUAGUUGCAAACAUGAACUUAUGACCUGUUGCCAUUGAUAGAAAUACAGUAUAAGUACGAGCUUGUAUAUUUUUCUUCCUACUAUUCAAAUAUACAGUAGAAUUUGAGGUUUUCUUGUUUCCAGGUGCGCAAAAAAGAAAAAAUGGCGGGAGGGGAGCAGGAAUCCAAUCCCAGCUUUCUGACUGUUUCAGGAUUAUCAGGUCACAGUUUGUACACAUGGGUCUGCACAUUGGAUGUUGUAAAUGCAACAACUUUGUAAAAACUUGACACUGUUAAUUCUGAAAAAAGAACAGAAGUAAACUAGUCAUAUGCAACACAAAACAUCACAACAUGGUUUAAUGGGAUUAAUAUAAGCCUUUUAUAAGAACACUGACUGGGACUCAAUGUAAACUUGGCAGAUACAGUCAGUGAAACAUUUUAUUUUAAAAGUGCUGGAACAAAAGUGCAAGCUCAGAUCUGAAGAUUAAAUAAAUUUAUAACAAAUCGUCCCUUAACCCUUUGAUUUUUGACAGCCUUUUUGUUUCUACUACAGGUUGGGGUUAUAUUUAGUAGUGUGACUAUGUCUGAAAUUAACAUGCUGUAUGAGAGGGUGCAUUUAAACUCAUGCCUGACUAGACUGUGUUAAAUGGUCAACAAUUGAACUAUUAUGGUGGGAAGAAAUCUUGGUGUUUCCUUUUUUUUUUUCUGCCUGGUGGAAUUAAAAGAAAUAAUGCGACAUUAAAAAAAGACACCUUGUCCUGUACUUAGAAAUUUAGGUGAGUGUUGACCAUUCUUGGAUGUUCUUGGUUUCAGCAUGACCUACUGGAAUUGAUGGUACAAAACGGAUGAGAACCUAGCUGGUUGCAAUAUUUUGUUACCUCUAAUGGGGGAUAUUGGGGAGUAUCUAAAGUGAUUUUCACUUCCAAGAUGGAAUGUUUCUUUAAAUUGAAUGAGGUAAUGUGAUGUUAGUCAUGCGACUCUAAAAAGGUGAGGUCAGUCUGACGUUGUACUUUGUGAUGUACUUAAAGAAGCGCUUGCCAUAGUACUACAGAAUCCACGCAAUCCACUGUUGGCUGCAACCCAAAGGCAAUAUACUGCUCCUGUCCCACUAGAGUCCAUGGGAGGUUUAUGCAAAGAUAAAGGCAGCAUAUGGACUUAAGUCAAUUGUGAUCAGUGCAUCUGUUCAUUUGUGAUUUUGUUUGCUUCAUGGUUUUGAGAAACUACUUUUUUUGUUAAGUAUCAGAGGGGUAGCCGUGUUAGUCUGAAUCUGUAAAAAGCAACAGAGGGUCCUGUGGC